AUGUCUUUACAUUAAUUUAUCACUAGCAACAAUAAAGGUUUGCAAAAAUAGUUAGAGUUUAAAAAUUUUAUUGUGAAAAAUUAGACAAUAAGUAUUAGAAGACCGAAAAAAUUUUUAAAUCGACACAGUAGAUAAAUUACAUUCGGAUCAACAAACGACAGAGAAAUUCAUUAGUCAAAGUUGCCAAGUCUCCCUUAAUACGAUGUAAAUUAUCAACAAGUUGACAAACACUAAAGAACGGUCUCUAUUAAGGCAGAUCGAGAGUCUGUUAUACAAUUCACUUAAGAAAACACCAAUACUUCCCCUAUUAAAUAGGAAACAUGGGUUAGACAGAGAAAAGGAAGUCUUAAUUUAAACGAAGUAAAAGUAAAAAUGCCCAAGAUGAAUUUAUAAAUGCCCUUAAAUUAUUUUGAUUUUGAAAUUUAAUAGCCUUUGAGUUUAAAAUAGGUGUAUCAUUUAUUUGAUAUAUUAAAAGAAAAACACUAAAUAAAAACAACAAGGGAAGUAUGA